UCCGAUUCUUACUGCAGGUAUGAAUUACUACCUGGCUAUCAUACCCUUUUUGGGUGCAGUGGAUGCUGGCCUCUUUGGAGAGCUGAAGUAUGAGGUAGAAAUGCUGCCACCAGAGGACCGAAGAGAUGAUUUCUGUUAUAGUGUUGCUGACUGCCGUUCUCGCAUUCCCAAGCUCAUGGAUGAGUGGAAGGCUUACUUUGAAUAUCUGCAGUCUGCAGAGCAAAAAACCAUGAACUCGGCGAAGUCCUUCUCCUUUGUGCUGGAUGAUGCUCUCCACUACAUGUGGAAGGCACAUGUUGCCUCCAUUGCUUACGCGCUGCCCAAAUUCCAGGACAGUUUAAAAUAUCUUGCUGUUCCAGAAGCAAAUUUUGGCGAAGACUGGGCUAAUGGUGUAGAUUUCAUUGCAGCCACACAUUUCUCUACAGAUUUGCAGACUACAAACAACUUCCAGGCUUUCCUGCCCCAGAGGAUGCUUGUUGAAGGGGAUGUCCUCCCAUCCAUCAGUGGCUUCAGUUCACAGCAAAACAGAGUUCUUGUAUCACUGAGAGCUCUUAACAGAGCAAAUCGAUUGACAGGUAUGAGCCCCACCUGAAGAAGCUGGUCCAUA